CUUCCCUUCCUUGUUGGGUGCUCCAGACAUCAGGGUAUAAUAGUUAAUAUGUGCCAGAAUGACAGCUAUGUGGGGGAUGAGGCCCAGAGCAAGAGAGGUAUUCUGACCCUGAAGUGCCCCAUUUAACAUGAUUUUGUCACCAACUAGAAUGACAUGGACAAGGUCUGGCAUCAUACUUUCUACAAUGAGACCCAUGUGGCCCCUGAAGAGUACCCUGUGCUGCUCACAGAAGCCCCCCUGAACCCCAAAGCCAACAGAGAAAAAAUGACUCUGAUUAUCUUUCAGACCUUCAUCACCCCAGCCAUGCACACUGUUAUCCAGGUUGUGCUGUCCCUGUAUGUCUCUGGUUGUACCAACAGUAUUGUGAUGGACCCUGAUGAUGGUGUGACCCAUCCUGUGACCAUUUAUGAAGAUUAUACCCUUCCUUAUAUCAAACUCCAUUUGGAUCUGGCUGGUUGUGAUCUGAUGGACUACCUCAUAAAGAUCCUGAAAAAAAGAGGGUACAGUUUCACUACCACAGUUACAUAA